AGGAGUGAAAACACAAGAGGGAGUGUGCGGCGGGCGCUGUGAUUCAGGCCUAAUUAAAGGGUUGCAUCUGCGCAGGGUUAUAAGCGAAGAGCGGCUCCAACAGAUCCUCUUGUCAGUAGGCAACCGCGAGGGUUCAACGCGGAUAACGUAGCCGGGGCGGAAGGCGUUCGAUGCUGGCUUUGCCUCCACUAUGGCAAAAAUCAUCUUGAGGCAUCUCAUAGAGACUCCAGUGCGAUACGAGGAGGAGUUUGAAGCUCGAGGUUUGGAAGACUGCAGGCUGGAUCACGCUUUAUAUGAACUGCCCGGGCCAACCACCGUGGACCUGGGGAAAGCCAGGGUGGCCCAGGCUGCCCCGGUGGACACCGCAGAGAUGCCGCCCCAGAGAGACAAAUCCCGCUUCCAGGUCCUGCUGGACGUGGUCCAGUUCCAACCCGAAGAUAUCAUCAUUCAGACCUUCGAAGGCUGGCUGCUGAUUAAGGCUCAACAUGGAACCAGAAUGGACGAGCACGGUUUUAUCUCAAGAAGCUUCACCCGACAGUAUAAACUGCCCGACGGCAUUGAAACCAAAGAUUUGUCUGCCAUCCUGUGUCACGAUGGAAUUCUGGUGGUGGAAGUAAAGGAUUCAGUUGGGACCAAGUGAUAUCUUAUCGGUGCCUGUUCAUGCAGCACGAGGAAGAGUCUAGUUCAGCCCAUGGUAUCACGAGAAUGUGUGUAUUACCUACAUUUGAAAUGAUUUUUAUGAAGAUUAAAAAUAUAGACAUAGUUCCUGGUAUAUUGAGGUUGUCUUUGUUACUUUUACUGAGAAAGGAAAAUUGUUAAAUAUGUUCCUACAGCUCAAGUUGUUGCUAUUCUUACACCUGAGAAACAUUGACAGUUUAGGAGACCAUAGUCUGAUAGCAGAGACGACUCAGAAUUAUUUCUUCAUUACUCCAACAAUGCCAGAGAAGCUGCAUUUUUAACAAUUGAUGGCAAAAGAACCACACUAAUUUAAGAAAUUCUUAUCCAUUUUAUGAAAACUUUAUAUCGCUGAAAAGAGCUGUGAUCCCCUUCUCUUGAUAAGCUUUUAUUCUCAGUGUAUUUUAUUACAGUGGAGUGGAGCUUUGUAAACAUAGAGUCUGAAGGUUAAAAUAUAGUAUUUGAAAACUGGGUCUGAAAUAUA